AUGCACAAAGACGGCGCCUUCGUCCUAGCUCUCGAUGAGGCGACCGGCCUCGGAUACCUGCUGGGGGACAUUCGACGACUCUGGCAGGCAAUGGGCGAAAAGAUAGUCGGCGAGGCCAACAGACUGGUCAUGCUCCUGCUCGACACCAACUCGAACGUCAGCCACCUCGCCGGUCAAGAGGCGCUGGUGAAGUCCGACCGCUUGGAGAACAAGGAGUUGAAGCUGCUUCCGGUUUUCACAAAGCUCCCCUACGACGUCGCCUACAACGCACUCAGUCGCGAGGAGCAGAAUCCAGACGGCAAGACAUGGGGCACCCUUCUCAAGCAGCUGCCGCGGAUGGGCCGGCCGCUCCUGAACAACCAGCACCUGAAGUACGUCACCGACGAAGAAUCUGGCUACGAGGCUCUGCGGCCGUUCGUUGGCGAAGUCUCGCUCUUCAAGGUCCAAGCCAAGCUGCUCACCGACAAGGAGCCGGCGCUCAAGCUUCCUUCCGUCAUUGCUGAGCCCGAGACAUCCGCAAAGCUCCAAGAUCCUGCCGAAGUCUACCAGGUUGCUCUCGACAGGUAUCUGGCUGCCCUGUGCUCACGGCUUCCCCUCCGCUUCAUCGGCCUUCAAGGCACAGUGGACCUCGACCAGUUCCUGCAGCGCCAGGUGAGCUCGCACUUGCGCACCAUCUCCGACGUCAAUACCACCACGAACUUCAUCAGUACCGGCACCCCGUCGGAGCCUCUGCUGAGCAUAGCUGCGGCCGAUCUUUUCCGGAAGCCCCGCAAGAAUCAAUCGGACACGACCUCGAAGCGGUGGGAAGAGGCCAUCUUCGCAAUCCGCUUCGCGAGAAAGUUCUAUGGCCUCACGGCAGGCGAGGAUGGCGAGGAAGUCAUGCGUCUUCUGCUGAUGAUGGCCACCGACCUGGCCGCCUACCAGAGCCUUGUCGAUGCUGCCAGCGAAGGCCAGGGAUCAACAGACAGAGAGGUGAUGGACCACUGGGAGAGGGGCGCGACGCUCGAGCCCAUCUCUUUGUGGGACUGGCUCGGCGAGCUGUUCGGUGCGACCAACAUGGCGGCCGCUACUACCAAACCAGACGUAAAACGCCGCCGCUCCCCAGGCACUUCUGCCGGGUCGGGUAUAGAGCCCAAGGAUCGCCUCGAAGCCUUUGCGAGGUCGGCGCGCAUCAACUUCACGCACUUUGCGCCGCUGCCAGAGAGCAUCGCGGCCGUGACCAAGGAGGAGGUGGCAUCAUGGUUCGUCAGCCACGUCGCUCUCUGUGGGGUUCCAAUGCAGGCAAGCUGGGAUAUGUUGAUCCCCGUCUACGUGGAUCCAGACUGGAACGGCGAACAGACACUGAUCGACGUCAGCAAGUUUUCCUACGUCGUCAUCCAGGUCAAGAACCGACUGGCCUCGGUGCCGCGUGGCAAGACCGAGAUCGUCCCGCCAGUCAUGCUCGCUCAUCCUCGCGUGCCGGCGAGAGCCGGAAGCACCCGGCGAGGUGAGACCGCCGCCGCUUCUUCCUCGCGCUCAGCCGCCCGCCCAUUCGCAUCGGCGCCUCGAGGGAAGGCGUGUGCGCCACCGGCGCAAUUCGAGUACCUCUCUCUGUUUGUGGAGCUCCAACCUGCGUUCGAGACCGAAGCCCAGGGGCUGCGCUACACCUACGACGAGGGUUCGGCUCGAGGGUCCGUGGCCCACAAGCUUCACGCUAUCGGGCUGGAAAAUGCGUUCGGCGCACUGCUGAAGAAGAUGCAAGAAGGCCUCGUCGACCUCAUCUGCACACUAAUUGGCGCGGACCGCAACGAGGUAAAGGAGGAACUGAAUUGGGAGACGGAGUGCAAAACGAUCUGCGACUACCAGAAGAGUCUCUACACGCGAAAGGUCAAGCCGGUCACCGCGACGACGAGCACGGCGAACCACUAG